AUGAUUAAAGCCUUACCGGUCUUUCACAACAAUCAUUAUAACAAGAUCAUCAGACAAGCUACCAACAGUUGUGAGUUCUCUCCCCGCAAAACUCAAACUCCUGUUCCAGAGCCCACCAUGUCAAGCUCUGCGGGCCUUAUCAUUCCCUGCAAAGCUGCAGUUGCAUGGGAAGCAGGGAAACCGCUAGUGAUGGAGCAGGUGGAAGUGGCUCCACCACAGGCAUUGGAAGGCCAAACUCCACUCUUUCCGCGCAUAUUUGGCCAUGAAGCUUCUGGAAUUGUCGAGAGCGUUGGAGAAGGGGUUAAUGAUUUCCAGGUCGGAGACCAUGUUCUUCCGGUAUUCACAGGAGAAUGUGGACAGUGCAGGCACUGCAAGUCCGAGGAAAGCAACAUGUGCGACCUGCUGAGGAUAAACACUGACAGAGGUUUCAUGCUCAACGACGGAAAAUCCCGUUUUUCAAUCGACGGACAGCCAAUACAUCACUUCCUCGGCACCUCUACCUUCAGUGAGUACACGGUUGUGCAUUCAGGUAGUCUGGCAAAGAUCAAUCCACUUGCACCACUGGACAAAGUGUGCGUUCUCAGUUGUGGCAUCUCAACAGGACUGGGUUCCACGUUGAAUGUGGCGAAACCAAAACAGGGUUCAACAGUAGCCAUCUUUGGUCUGGGAGCUGUUGGCCUAGCGGCUGCUGAGGGCGCAAGAAUUGCUGGAGCAUCCAGGAUCAUUGGCAUCGAUUUGAAUCCAAAGAGGUUUGAGGAAGCAAAAAAGUUUGGAGUUACAGAGUUUGUGAACCCGAAGGACCAGGACAGACCAAUUCAAGAGGUAAUUGCAGAGAUGACCGAUGGCGGCGUUGACAGGAGCAUAGAAUGCACCGGCAACAUCAGUGCAAUGAUUUCAGCUUUUGAAUGUGUUCAUGAUGGAUGGGGAGUGGCAGUCCUUGUAGGAGUCCCUAACAAGGAGGCAGUGUUUAUGACUAAACCCAUCAACUUGCUUAGCGAGAGAACGUUGAAAGGCUCUUUCUUCGGGAACUAUAAACCAAGAACCGACCUUCCAUCUGUCGUUGAAAUGUAUAUGAACAAGAAGCUGGAUGUCGACAAGUUCAUAACUCAUCGAGUGCCUUUCUCAGAAAUCAACAAGGCCUUUGACUUGAUGCUGAAGGGGGAGGGCCUGCGAUGUGUUAUUGAUAUGGAGAAGUAAUAUAUAAGAAAAAUAAUGGACAGAACAUCCUACUCGGUUAUGUGAUCAGCUUUAUGCAAUUUGUUCGUCAUGUAUGUCCUCAAUCUGACAAUGAAGGUGUGAGCAAACAAAUACAAGGAAAUAAAUAGAAGCCCAUUUCGAAACAAUGGGGAGUGUAUUGUCAGGAGUGGCAUUGACCCAAAUCUGUAGAAGCGCUUGUAUUAGUAAUAUAAAGAUGUAAGGAACAGCAAAUCUAUGAUACACCUGAUCUAAUACCAAGAAGGAGCCUUUCAGAUAUUUGAGCUUCUAGGCUGAUCAUGAACCUCCAGUUGAAGAUAUGAGGCCAGCUUUUUCGGCGUGUACUUCGUCUUCCACCAGCCAAUAGCUCUUCUCCUCCUAUGACACCAAUAUAUGAGAGAAAAACAUUCCUUCAUUGCUGCUGCUAAGCCUGCGCCAGGACUAUUUAUUGUACUUCUCCAUUAUUCUUCGAGCUUCCUUUACAGCCUCCUCUGAUGAAAAAGUCGGAGCGUCCGAGACUCUGCCUCCUUUGGGACCUUGAUCUUUGUUGAAGGCAAUGAACAGGAAAUAUACCAGCCCCAUCGUAGCCAGGGCAAAGAACGCUGUAGACAAGAAUGAUUUCAGCAGAAUGAAAGAAACAGUGAGCAGAGCAACGGUCACUGAAACUCUGGCAAUGGGCCUUGGAAUGGAGACCUGUGAGGAAAGUCUAGCUCCAUUAGAAAGAGUGAUUCUCAAUCGCUACCAAUUGGGAUAGGAUGCAGGGGGAAACCUUACAGGCACUAGGCUGAUUCCCGCAUCGAUGCCAUCCUUCCCAACCUUCCACACGGUUUGGAUAACUAUUCAGAUUGUGACAGACAUAGAUUAGAAGGGAGUAACAAAGGAAAUUCGGAGUGAUA